GAGCAGUGCAAGCGUGUGACACCUUCAGAUAACAGUACACACUAUAAAACUUGGAGCAGUGAAAACAAUAACAAGUCGACAUACGAGACAUUACUCAACCUCCUGCUGUAACAAUGGCUCGUCUUCAAGUUUUUCUAGCGACGGUGAUGGUGCUGGCUCAAGCCUAUGGAGUCCCCACAAAGAUCAGGGACGACCACUUUGACUGGAGAGACUACGGGGCAAUAACUCCUGUCAGUGAUCAAGGCCAGCUUGGGAGUGUUGUUGAUUUCGUCAUCGCAGAGAGUGUAGAGAGUCUGUUGUCCAUCCAGACCAAGACAAAGGCCAUCUACCUGAGCACACAGGAAGUGUCUGACUGUUGUGAUGACCAGUUCCAUCAGACAAAGUACCGGGGGUUUGACUGCAUCAAGGCCAUUGGUGGACUUUGUACUCUGGAGGACUACAAGAAGGGCAGUAGGACCUGCAAUAAUGGGUCGUGUACAGCCGUUGGCAAGGUGACAGGUACCAGCUAUAUUCCAUCAGGUGACGAGGACAACAUGAUGAAGGUAAUCCACACCACACCAAUAGCUGCAUACAUCAACGCUGGGCAGGUGUCUUUUCAGAUGUAUACUGGUGGGAUCUACUCUGAUCCAAACUGUAGCCCAUCCAUGCUGGAUCACGCCGUACAGAUCAUUGGAUACGGCACGGAGGGCGGUGUGGAUUACUGGAUAAUUAAAAACUCUUGGGGCAGCAACUGGGGACAGAAAGGCUACAUGAACAUUGUACGUGGCAAGAACAUGUGUGGGAUAGCAACCUACGCCUUCUAUCCAGUCAACACGGAAACAGAGAUUAAUUAAUUUUAUGUUCAAAAUCAAUUAAUGUUAUGUUCAAUGCCGUUUUUGCUCUGAUUCAUGUUCUUCAAUUGCUACUAAUUAAUAAAUGAUAUAUCUAAUUUUAA